GAUGUUUAUCGUUAUUAUUUGCAAUAAUAUAUUAUAGUAAUAUAGCAUACACGGUCAUAAUAUUAUAAUAUCGUUACCGAGUGUAGAACUGUAGAGAACACACGCGUGUUCGCGACUACCGCUCUUUUCGAUUGGUGGAAUACAUCACAAUAAAUACGCACGGCGUUUUGCGUCGUCCCGUCGUAACCUUUCGCCGUCAUUUGCACGUCCCGGACGGAUCCGUAACACUACCAUAUUAUAUUAUUAUUAUUAUUAUUAUUAUGCAGUUGGCGCCGCAGCGCGCAUGAUAACGCGCCAGCAGAUAACGGCGAAAAACCGUCCGACAUAAUAUAGUGUCGCCCGGUCGUAGGGUAGCGACAUACGCGCAACUAUAUUCUAUUGUAGUUGCUGACAUCACAGUAAUACAAUAAUAAUAACUGACAGCAAUCGCUGCCGCUGGACGACGCGGAAAAACGACGGUAUACGGGUGAGGAUCGACGGACGAUGACCACCGCCGCGGACAACACCGCCGACGAAGACGAUCGCCGAUCGGCGCCCCGCCGGCAGUGAGCUGUUUCUCGGAGAGUGCACUUGUAGCGAUAUCGCGCGUACGACAGACCGUGCACAUCGUCGUCGUCAACACAGCGUUAUCGGCAGUACCCGCGUACGCGGAUUGCAGACGUCGGCGGGCGCUACCGGUUCGUACAGGUGAUGUCUGCGGACGACACGUGACCGACCAGUCGCAAUCGACAGCGACAACCACUGCUGCAGAGCCAUUGUCAACGACGGCAUAAUAAAUGUCUUCGUCGUCGCCCAUAUCGUCUUCUUCGCCGUCGCCGUCUCCGUAUUACCAUCACCAGCAACAGCAGCAGCAGCAGCAGCAGCAACAGCAGCAACAGCAACAACAACAGUACAACAACCACCAUCAGCAGCAGCAACUCCAACACCACCUGCAGCAACAGCACUUGCACUCGGGCGGCACGUCGGCGGCCACCAACGCGGCCGUCAACUGCAUUCUGCUGUCGCCGUCGGCGGGUGGUGCCGGCGUGACGGCCGUCGGACUGUCCCCGUCGCAGGGUGCCGGCGGCGGUAUCGUCGAAGACAUGCAACAGCAGCAGCAGUCCUCGACCGUAGCCAACGCCGUAGCGGCCACGACCACGUCGCUGCUGCAGCAAUGCUGUUCGCCGCCACCGGCGUCGGGCACGUCGUCCAGCGUUAGCGGAGUGUUGAGAAAAGCUCAAAUCGAGAUCAUACCGUGCAAAGUGUGCGGCGACAAGUCCAGCGGCGUCCACUACGGCGUGAUCACGUGCGAGGGCUGCAAAGGAUUUUUCCGGCGGUCGCAGUCGUCCGUGGUCAACUAUCAGUGCCCCCGCAACAAGAAUUGCGUGGUGGACCGCGUAAACAGAAACCGGUGCCAGUACUGCCGGCUUCAGAAAUGCCUGCGGCUGGGCAUGUCCCGUGACGCUGUCAAAUUCGGGCGCAUGAGCAAGAAGCAGCGAGAGAAGGUCGAAGACGAAGUGCGCUUCCACAGGGCGCAGAUGCGUUCGUCAGCAGCUGCUGCGGCCGCGGCUGCUGCCGCAGCUGUGGCCGCGCAGACCACAGCCAUCGACUGCUGUUCGACCACGACCGGCGGUGGCAACGGAGGUACCGCGGCCGUGGCCGCCGAUUCGUCAGUGUUCGACCACGACCAGCACGGGCAGCAACACGGACACGGGCAACAGCAACAGCAGCAGAUGCCCUCCAGCACUGCCGACCACGGGCUACGCCUACACCAAUUACACAGCGGAGGAGGACAUCUCUCGCAACACCACCAUCAGCAGCAGCAGCAGCAGCAGCAGCAGCAGCAACAGCAACAGCAACAGCAGCAACUACAGCAACAGCAACAGCAACAACAGCACCAGCAACAUCAGCUCCACGGCCAGCAGCAACAGUUCAACAUCAACAGCAAUGUGCAGCAGGCCUACGCGGCCGCCGCAGCAGCAGCCGCCGCAGCAGCAGCGGCCGCUGCGGCCGGCGGUGCCGUCAACGGAGCCAACGGGGGCACGGGAGUCGGAUACGGUGGCGGCGGGUACAAUGGCAGCGGUGGAACGAACGCAGCCGCAGCAGCCGCAUCGCUUGUGGUGGACACGUUUGCGGCGUACGCGGCUGCGGCUACCUCGUCGGCGGUGCAGACCGGCCCUAACGGUUCAGUGCCACCUCCAUACGACACGGCGGCAACAAGCAGCAACUACGUGGCGGACAGCACGACACCGGCGGCGUCCAGCACGACGCCAUCCACGGCCGCGGCCACAUCCACUUACGGCGGUGACAUGGAAGUGUCGUCGGUGGCAGCUGUCGCGUCCGGAGCACAGGACAACUUAAUGGCCGGCGUUUCCGGUUCUACGGCUGCCGUUUCUUCGGCAGCAGACGCCGUCCAGAUCAGCGAGCUCUUGAGCAAGACCAUAGCAGACGCCCAUGCCCGCACGUGUUUCUACACACUCGACCAGAUACACGACGGCAUGUACCGAACAGCCACCAUGGCUGCGGCCAACAAGGCAACGGCCGACAAAUUAAUAAUGUACAAAACUAUGCCUCACGAGGAGCUGUGGUUAGAGUGUGCGCAAAAAUUGACGUCUGUCAUCCAGCAAAUUAUCGAGUUUGCUAAAAUGGUGCCUGGAUUCAUGAAACUGUCACAAGACGAUCAGAUUGUCCUACUCAAAGCGGGAAGUUUCGAGUUAGCUGUGUUGAGGAUGUCCAGACACUACGACCUACACCGAGACUGUGUCUACUACGCAGAUGCCCUACUGCCUGCCGAUGCGUUUUACACGCAAGACGCGGUCGAAAAGAAACUUGUUUCGCUGGCUUUCGAAGUGAGCCGUUCCGUUGCCUCGUUGAAACUCACUGAAACCGAGCUGGCCCUGUACUCGGCCGUCGUGUUGCUAUCGCCAGACCGUCAAGGCUUAAAAGGUACUGUGGAAAUUGGUCGUCUUAGACAGGCCAUUCUGCGUGCUCUACGUAUGGAGCUAGAUCACAGAACUGCUGGUGGCAAAAAUGUAGCCAACGUCGAUCUACAACAUCAGCAGCAGCAUCACCAACAGCAGCAACAGCAGCAGAAUCAAGUGUGCGAUGCUCUCAUACAAAAGAUCCCGAUACUCAGGCAACUGGGAAUGCUGCACAUGGAAGCGUUAGCCAAGUUGCGUCGUACGGUUCCACACUUGGAAUUCCCGGCUUUGCACAAAGAACUUUUCUCGGUCGACGGUAGUUGAUCUGAGGAGGAAGGCUACGACGACGACGACGACGACGACGAUGACGGCGGCGGCGGCGGCGGUGGUGGCGGAAGCGGUGGUAGCGACGGCGGUGACGAUUCUGCGAAAGACUCGUCUACGAUCGUUGUCGCGUCGGUGAUCUCUUUGGCUGGUGGACUGUAAUGAGAGCAGUGGCAGCAAUGAGCAAAGUCGUCGCAGACGGGCUGUGUAACAUAUUAUAUUAUAUUAUAUUAUUAGUAUAUUAUAUUUUAAUAUAAAAAUAAAACAAAAAACGAAAAAAAAAAAUUGUAAAAUUCCGCGAGAUCACACACUGCUGUUAAAUAUAUUCUAUUAUAAUAUAUUAUGUAUAUUGUUGUUUUGUUACAAGGUAGCGUCUCAUAUUAUAUAUCGC